UUCAUAGACUCCAAUCUAGCUUAUAUCUUGUCAGUGACAAAAGCAAUAUUGACAUAGAUAUCAAACAAUAAUAACGUAUUGACAAUGUAACUAAUACAAAGAUUGUAGUGUAAUUAAUGAGCUACUGAAUCCAAGUUUGUUAUAUCCAUGAUCAUAUACUGCAAUCUCUUUUAUUUGAAGCUUUAAAGCAACAGUUUAGCAGAUGAAGUAAAGCACACAUAUUGUGCUCUCAAAUUUAGUGUGUCGCACUUUAUUCAACGUAACUGAACGUAACCAAAACAUAAUUGUUACGUUACCUGCAAGUGAAUGUAAAAAAAUUGUGUUUGUGUGAAAAUUGUAUAUUUAGACGUGAUUUCGAGUCCUAUGAAAAAUUGCACUUUCAAUCCACCUGUUACUCAAUAUUGCUCAAGUAUUCGUAAAAUUACUUACAUCACAAAUUUAUUCUUUCUGCUUGACUUUUUUAGAACGUAACCUAUAAUUUCAUUAAAUUGACAAAUUCGUUAAAGUUUACUAGUGAUCUCGAACAUUUCAAGGAAAAAAUUGUCGAGUGCCUUGAGUCAUAAAAUUCGGCCUCAAAAUUCAGUCCCAAAACUUGCCGUGUUUUAUUUUUGUACUAAUAAGUUUAUUAUUUUCGGUAUUUGCAUAUGAAAUGGCUUGGUCUGGUAGGUUUCAUGCAAAAAGUAACAGCGAUCUUAUACAACAUCUUAAAAGAUCAAGAGUAAUUAAAUCUGAAAGAGUCUUUGAAGCAAUGUCUUCGGUAGACAGAGGAAAUUACUCUCAUCCCAGUUAUGCAUACGUAGAUUCUCCACAAGGAAUCGGUUAUGGUGCUACCAUAAGUGCUCCUCAUAUGCAUGCAUAUGCUUUGGAAAUACUUGAAGAGAAACUACAUAAUGGUGCAAGAGCAUUGGAUGUUGGAUCUGGAUCUGGAUAUUUGACUGCAUGCAUGGCAACAAUGAUAGGACCAAAUGGUUUGACUAUAGGUAUCGAACAUAUUCCAGAACUGAAAGCAUUUGCAGAGGAAAACAUUAAAAGGGAUAAUCCACAAUUACUUCAAAGUGGUCGUAUUGAAUUAGUUGUUGGAGAUGGAAGAUUAGGAUAUCCUGAAAAAGCACCAUAUGAUGCUAUUCAUGUAGGAGCAGCAGCUAAAGAAAUGCCACAGGCUUUGAUUGAUCAGUUAGCUCCUGGUGGACGUUUAGUAUUACCAAUGGGUCCCGAAAAUUCAGAUCAAACAUUAGUUCAGAUUGACAAAACAAUGGAUGGAAGAGUCAAGAGAAAGUCUCUUACUAGUGUUGUUUUUGUUCCAUUGACUAGUAAACACAAACAGUAUCCUUCAUGAGAUACAUGCGUGCUCCAAUAAGUGAGCAUUUUUCUUAUGUGUAUAUAAUUAAAAGCAAACAUUACACAAAAGACAUAAUUUUAUUUGUAUUUGCUACAAUUCGUAUAGACUAUUGUCUUCAGUGUAACAUAUGUAUAUAAUUUAGGAAAUUUCUUUAGUUAAUUUUUCCAUGGGUUGAAACAUUAUAAUUUAUUGUAUUCUGAAUCCAUAAAAAUAAAUACGUUCUUAAGAUUUA